GUCACAUGUAGUAAAAAACAAAACAUCUGAAAGAAAAUCUGAAAAGAAACAUCGUUUUGCGUAAGGCUCAAAAAGCACCGAAAACUCCGGAAAUGGUUCUCUCGCCGGAUGUGAAAGAACGCCUUGGUGUGGUUUUUGAAAUUGUGAAAACAUCUUUUCAUUGGGGAUUUAUCCCGACACUCUUGUAUCUAGGUUUUCGGAAGGGCUCAGAACCAGGAUUGCCUCCUCUUGCAAUUACUAACCUGUUGUGGUAGGCAAGAAGUUUUCACCCAAUGCGUUAAAGUAAUUUGGAAUGAACUAAUAUUGUCGAAAUACAUAAUGUUAUGAAAAGGCGACUACAGAUUUUUAUUUA